UUUGUAUUGUAUGGACAAGAAGAGUUGAGGAGCAUCAAACAUGAGUCGGGCUGCUUCUUCUUUCAUCCUUUCUCUCUCAUCCUCUGCUUCUUCUUCCUCCUCUAUCUUCCAUGAUAGAACUGGAAGUAGCAGGUUCAUAAUAUACAAGAAAGUAACAUGGCUUUCUUCAAUUUCAAAUUACAGAUUUCAAGUAAGAGCUGUUAAAGAUAAAACCAAGGAUACCCCAACCCCAACCCCAUCAUCGUCAUCAUCAUCUUCAUCAUCAUCAGCAGAUGAGAUCACUAAGAAAUACGGACUUGAAGCUGGUCUUUGGAAGAUAUUCAGCUCAAAGGAAGACGAAGGCGAAGAAGGGAAGAAAGAGAAAACAAAGGGAGAGGAAGCAAAGGAGUUGCUGACAAAAUAUGGAGGAGCAUACUUGGCAACUUCCAUCACAUUAUCUGUAAUAUCAUUUACAAUAUGCUAUGCUCUUAUUAAUGCUGGUGUUGAUGUCUCAGCCUUACUUCAAAAGCUGGGAAUAUCAUCAACAGAAACAGGGGAGAAAGUUGGGACAUUUGCACUUGCAUAUGCAGCUCACAAGGCCGCAUCUCCUAUCAGGUUUCCGCCAACAGUUGCUCUCACUCCCAUUGUUGCUUCCUGGAUUGGCAAGAAAGUAGAUAAAGAUAACUGAUCCCAGAAAUAUAUAUAUAUAUAGACUACAUACUUUUCUUCGAUUUGUGUAAUACCAGAAUAUGUUAUUGGAUAUAUGUAGCGGAUUCAACUCUUUGUCAUUUCAUUGUGAAUUUGCAUUUUAGUGUGUUCAGACUUCA